ACGAUGCAGGGCUCAUCACUGGCAGACCAAAUGGCCCGAAUGACACUGAGACUCUUGGGACAGAAGCUGGAGCAAGAACAGAACAUGGAAAGGGACUCUGAGGGUCCCAACUUCCUGCUGGGAAACGAGGACAGGCCGGACAAUGCCCUGCAGAACGCUCUGAAGAGGAGGAAGGACCUUCUGCGGAGGCUCUGGGAACAACACCUCCUAGACGAGCUCUCCUACGGGGCAAGCAGAGGAACACGAGGGCCAGCUCUGCUGCCAGAGGUACCCCCCAUGGGCAUCUACCCUGCUGACUUCCUGGCCCCAGAGCCCCCGAGGAUCAUCCAGCACUCAGUCCCCCACCCUCCUGCCACCAUCAUUCAGCAGCUUCCUCAGCAGCCGCUCAUCACACAAAUUCCUCCUCCCCAGUCCUUCUUCACUCAAAGGUCAGGAAGCAUUAAGGAAGACCUGGUGGAGAUGCUGCUGCUGCAGAACGCCCAGAUGCACCAGAUUCUCGUGCAGAGCCUCAUGCUCGCCGCGCUGCCACCCGCGCUUAAGAAGCCUGGAGAGCUCCCGCCGCGUCCCAGAGGGUCGCAGGUCUCGGGCCACACGAGUGUAGACCCCAGGCCAGCCUCCCGGGGGGAAGCCGACUGCGGCCCAGCGGGACUGGCCCCGGCAGGAUCCGGCACAGGCCUGGCUGCCCAGUGUCCCCACCCGGGCUGGCUCUGGGGACAUGCCCCACUGCGACCCCAACCCUCAGCGUGUUGUCUACGAGCCAGACCAGGACGGUAACUACACCCAGGGACACUCCCGCCUUUCCUGUAGGAUGGCCGACGGCGUCCUGCCUACACUGGCCCCCGGCCUGUGAGCCCCUCUCUGUGUGAGCAGCAGGGUCUCCGGUCUUUGAUCGCCUUCUGUGCUCACAGCCGGGAACCAGGUAAACUAGGUAAACCCGGACUCGACCAUCCUGUGAAGUGCGAAGAUCUCAUCAGGAAAGAAUUUAGGAAAAUCAGGGCACAGGAACCACAAAGAAAAGACCAAUAGCUCUAGCCACACAAAAAUUUAGACAUUCCUAUGGGAAAAUACCGUUAACACAGUCAAGUACAGUAACUGGGGAGACCCGUUUACCACGUGUGGAAUGGGCUCCUCAAUUGAAAGCAGCUGUGAGGUGAUCCCUUUGGAGUUAAAAAAAAAAAAAAA